AGCGACGACAAGACAGUUAAACAGGAUCAAUGCUAUCAUAGUGACGUGCUUUAUAAAAUUAACAAACGAAGGACAUUGUUUUUUACACUGAAACAUAGGUAUUAUUCGUGCAAUAAGGAUUUAUUUUUCAGACGAAGUGUUUACAUCGUAAUAUCGUGUGCAAAUAUAUCUAGUAAAUAAAAGAUGUCCAUAUCAGUACAUUACUGACAUAGAGCGAUAUCUACAGCAAACAACGGAAUACUUUGGAGAAUUUGACACAUUCUUAACAUUGUACUGCAGAUGUAUAAAUCUGGGAUGUGUAACAUCGAAUUCAUCAUUGGGAUUGUGGAUGUGUACAGGGGAAUAUCUAAUGAUUAAGAUGCAUGACAGAACAAUGUCUUGCUUUGGAGGAGCUUGUGAGGACAAGUUUAACUGUUACCAGUCCGUGGAGGAGGCCAAGAGAGCCAAACAGAGGAACAAGCAAAUCAGCAAACUCCUGAAGCAACACCAAAAGGAGGAACUCAAACGACUAAAGAUUCUCCUCCUAGGUACUGGAGAAUCUGGAAAAACUACAAUAACAAAACAGAUGAGGAUCAUUCACAUCGAUGGAUUUGAUAUGAGAGAACGAGUUGAGAAGAUUUGUGAUAUCAGAAAAAAUAUCAAAGAGUCGAUCGUGGUAUUGCUCUCCGCCAUGUACCAACUAGAAAUUCCUCUGGAAAAUAAAGAAAGUGAGACAAGCCGAGAGUUCAUUUUAAAAGAGGCAGGCAAUCCAGAGAUUCACAGAACAAAUGAAUUUCUUGACCACUCUGAAAAACUUUGGGAGGAUCCCGGGGUAAAGAAAUGCUACGAAAGAUCACAUGAGUUUCAUCUGAUUGAUUGUGCUAAGUAUUUUCUGGAUAAGCUACAUGAAAUUAAAAGUCCCGCCUAUGUCCCCUCCGACCAGGAUAUCCUCAGGUGCAGAAGUGUAACCACAUCAAUACAAAACAUCGAGUUCGAAGUUCCAGAUGGAGGUCACCAAGUGAAAUUCAAUGUUUACGAUGUCGGUGGACAGCAAGGAGAACGCAAAAAAUGGAUCCAAGUGUUUGAUAGUGUGACCGCCAUUCUAUUUGUUGUGGACUGUAGCAGUUUUGAUCAAACACUUCGUGAGGAUCCAAGUAAAAAUAGACUUUUAGAAGCUUUGGAGAACUUUGACCAAGUUUGGAACAAUAGAUUUCUUCGAUACGUGUCUGUGCUUCUUUUCAUUAACAAAAUUGAUGUUUUGGCUGAAAAAAUUGCUCGUGGACGCGACAUUGGAGAACUUUCAAAAUUGCACCCUGAUAUUUUUCCUGACUUUGACCUGUUUACUCCAUCAGAAUCAGAGAAAAAUCAGUUCUUGGAAGCGUUUCCUAGUUUUGAUAAUGACCACCGUAAAAAGUUCAGGACAACACGAUCUGAUGUCCAUCCACACACUGUUAAAACAGCUGUUUACAUCAAGCAUCUAUUUAUGAGAAUUGUAAGAGGGGAACUUAAUCUUAAAAAGAGAAUUACCCCACAUAACAAAGACUGGCAUGACGAACAUAGCUGUGAAUACUACUACACAUGCGCAAUAGAUACAAAUAACGUCCAACGAGUCCUGAAUGGUUGCCGAACCCUCAUUAUCCAAAACCAUCUAAGACGAUUCGGAAUCAUCUGAUGAUUGUAUCAUCAUGAGAUAGGCAUGCGGUUUUGCAUAUCUAUACACUUCUGAUAUUUUGACAUUUCGCACGGCGAUAGACAUUGCAAUGCCAUUCUGUAAUAUACAAUAUGCCCCAAAGGACAUACAUAUGUAUUGGUGUACUAGAUAUAAGCGUGCAGUAUAACACUCUGUUCAUAUGUUUCAUCUCAAUUGUAUUGAGAUAAAGUGUGUGUGGUAUAAACACGUUUGUGUGCUGUGACUUACUUUUGAAAAAAGUAAUACGUCUUAUUUAUUCUUGUUGAUUUUUAUUUUUAUGGACAUUCCUUAUAUUUGCAUGAA